AUGCACAUUCUUUCGGAACUCUGGUACUCUGUCCUUCUCUAUCCGCUCUUUAAUGUCCUCGUUCGUGCUCGCGCCGAUUACUCUCCCAAGCUCUCUUCGAUCACUGAGUGUGAACCUCUUGACCAGCCUGAGUGGUCAAGCGACAAACCUCGCCUCAGCACGAUCGUAGAGGAAGACAUUCUUUUUGAUGUCAAGACCGAGAACGAUGAUGAGCUCAUCGUUUCACAACAGCCGCAACCUACUCUGGAUAUGGAGAAGGGGCGCAAGUGGUACAUCUUUGCCAUGACGAGGCAAAUCUGGGACAAGGAAGGCCUCGCGGGGUUCUACAAAGGCCUUGCGCUCCUCAUUCUUUACAAGCUUCUGUACUCCUUCACUGGCCUCCACGACCAAUCGAUGGUUGUUGGCGCCAUGAACGCUGGCUGGGCGCCUGCUAGUAUCGCAUCAAAUCUCACGUUGGCCUCGUACAAGCUCUGGCUGCAAGUUCCCCAGACCGUCUUUGUCGUAAGGUCAAUCACCUCAACUACACAUAUCCCGUGGUUCAGCCCGCAAGCCCUCCUCACUCCUGGUGAACGCUCGCACCCUCUCUGGCCCACGUUCUUCGUGACGAUGUUCGUUAACCCGUCCGUCCUCGUCGCGCUCUUCUUCCGGAUGUGCUAUAUCCUCGGUAUGGCGUACGUCCGCUGCGCCCUCGGCGAGCUCGGCGAGUCCGUCGCAAAAGCAUGGAACAUCCCAGAUAAUCCGGCUGCCCUGGAGGGCAAUGACAGGGCGUGGAUGUACGCGCUUUUCGCUUGCUUUGCGGUUGUGUGGAUCUUCACGUUUGUGGUGGACGUGCUUGUGCUUGCGCCGCUGGAUGUGGCUACGGUUAGGCUGGCGUUGCAACGGAACACCUGGAUCGAGGGUCCUGAGGAGGAAGACGCGUGGACGGCUGAGGAGGGCCGCAUUGGGCUGCCGAUGGAGGAUGCUAUCGUCAGACGUCGUCCCGAGCCUUAUGAUGGUCUGAGGGACUGCCUGAGAAAGAUACGCCAAGAGGAGGGAACUGGUGUGCUGUACCGAGGGUGGUGGUGGACCUUUGUCAAGGCCAUCUCCAUGUACACUUGA